GAUUUGGUUAGUAGGUGAAGAUCGUUGGUCGUUGGUGGAACUCAUCACAGAUAACUAAAAAAAAAUAAAAGUGAAUUUAAUUUUGAAAACAAUUUCGAAAUUAAAAUAAAAACACUGCAGUUCUUUUGGAUUUAAAUAAUAAACACACACAGCAAAAAAAAUCAAAACUAAAAUAAAAAUCAUGUCAUCUAUGAAAUAUUUAUUGGCUGUUGCAAUCAUGGCAACUUUGGCCUGUUCGGCUUUUGCCAUCCAUUGUUACCAGUGCGAAUCUUUGUCGAAUCCAAAAUGUGGUGAACAUUUCGAAGCUGACGAUGCUUUCAAAUUCGAUUGUGCUCGCAUUAGUCCACCCCGUUUCUUGGCCAAUUUCCUACCAGUGCGCAAUGCUACUGGAUGCAUGAAGAAAACCUUAGAAGCCGUAAGCGGUCAUCCACAAAUUGUGCGCUCUUGUUACUUUGGCGAUAUUUCCAAUACCCAAGGUGGCUGUUCAGCUGAUCCUUCAUUGCCUUUUGUUAAACAACUGUCAUGUGAUGUUUGCUCGGGUGAUUUGUGUAAUGGUUCCUCAACAAUGGCACCCAUUGCUUUUACCAUUUUGGCUUUCUUUGCCUUGGCUCGUAUAUUCUCUUAAGUCUAAAACUCUACUAAAUGAUACAAGUAAAUCAGCCUUUCUAAGCCUUGAGUAAUUUCUUUAGAUCUAUAGAGAUCUUGCAAAAUAUGUAUUUUUUAUUUUAUUAUUUUUUGUAAGUAUUUAUGUUUUAAUUAAUUAUGGAUGUAAUGUUUAAGCUUCAUUAUGAAGAAAAAUACAAAAAAUAUUAUGAUUUUUUUAUAAGCAAUAAUAUGAAAUACAAAUUAUUUAAACCAAAAAAAGUUUUUCUCCUGUAUAAUUUCUUUAAAUUAGUCAUAUGAUUUAAAUUAAUUUAGAUUGUAUUCGUGUUAUUUGUGAAAGUAUUAACAAACAAAAAUUUAAAAUUCGGCCUUUGACUUUUUAAUUGUAGCAUGUUGCUAAUGCCUUUUUACUGUCAAUUAUCAUCAUUUCAAUUGAAUUGAAAAAAGAAUAAUUUAAAAUUAACAGUACACAAGUUUAGAUCUGUUAGACAUAAAAUGGAUUAUGUCUUGACUAAUUAAAUUAUCUAAAAUAAAACUUUUUAUUUUUAAGCUAUUUUAUACUAAAACUAAAUGUUAAUUUUGUGGUUUAUAUGUAUGUACUCCUUUGACUUAAAGCUUCUAAUAUAAUAAUUAUAAAUAUGAUAAGGAAUGUUUACCCGUAUUUAUUUUUUGAUUUUAAAAUCACACGCUCAAAGAAAAUUGAGAUACAGGGAUAAUUCCUAACAAUCCGAGCAUUUAUGGAAUCCGGAUUUACUGUAUUAGCAUCCCUAUACAACCUAGAUUUAGUAAUUAAAGAUCAUUCAUUGGUCAUUGUUAGAACUUUUUAUAGAAAUAUAUAAUAACCAAAAAGUUUUUUAUUUUAACCUUUUUGGUAAGAUUUUAACCAAGUAAGAUUGUUACAUCCAAAUCUUAUACACCCACCCAUUGAUAUUUGGAAUAGAGCCUAAAUAUAAUUUAAUAGCUACACUUGUAUUUUUAAGCCAGUAAUGAGCGUUAAAGUCAUAUUCUAAACGGGAUCUUAUAUAGGAAGGAAGGGUCAAUUAUGAGCCGAUCUACAUACAAUUUGGUAGAGAGAAUUUGGCUUAUAAGAGAGUGAGACAAUCUUAUUCCGAAGAUUGUAUGUUGUCAUCAAAAACACAAAUCGGAUUUAAAAUAAAACGAUAUUUAUUCACUUUAAAAAUAAACUAGUAGGUUUUAUCUUUUUUCAAUUGAAAGCACACGUCCGGUACAAUAAAGUCUGGACAAUGUUCUUUGCUUGUUGAAAGUCAGAAUGCUACUUAACUUUUACACAGCAAUGUCGCUGCUUUUAUACCAUUUUCAAGCAUGGUUGUUGUAAUGGUAUAAUAUCAAUACACAGAGUUGUCUUAUAAUAGUAUACAAAAUAAACAUAGUGUUGUAUGUAGAAAUAAACGUUAAGUUCAAAUAUCAAUAUGUUUUCAUACAGAGGUGCAUUUCAAACAAUGCGUUAAAUUUAAAUAUGAUGUGUCCUCAUACAGUGGUGCAUUUUAAACAAAGCGUUACAUUCAAAUUUGGAUAUAAAUUUAUACAGAGUCGUGUUUAAACUAAAGUGUUGAUAAAAAUGUAUGUAUGUAUUUAAAAUUAGACGUUAAAUUCAAAAAUAGUUUUAAAUAAUAAAAUAAUGAUUAAA